UGUAAUACUGUAACCUAACCUAAUAUUAUUGUGUACAUUAACAGAUUUAUUUGGACAAUUUGUUUAAAUAAAAACAUCAAACUUUUAAAUUUAGGAUACUUUAAGUACGAAGUGGUAAUAAAACUCGACAAUUUUUCUGAAAAUACAACUUCCUGAUCAUAAAGACCAGUAAUGUAACAUAACCUUUCCUGUGAUCAAUUCAUAGUUCGAAACUUUUCAAUUGUUUUAGUAUUUUACAAUUAAAAACAAAAUUUUCGACAUUCCACACCUCUUUUCUAAAAUGUUGGGAUUCACAAGAUAUGCUCGUUUAGUGUACCUUCCAAAAUUAUGUAGAUGUUUAAGCGCUGCACAAAUACAAAAUGCGGCUUUUCACCGUGUCCCAAACAAUUCAAAAGUACUUGCCAAUAUUAGCUCAUUCAGAUUAUAUACAACCCAAACUCAGACCGCAGGAAAUAAUCAACCACAAUCCAAAGAGACUGAGAAACUGAUUGGUAGUGCAAGUAAACAUGAAUUUCAAGCAGAAACAAAAAUGUUACUGGAUAUUGUUGCAAGGAGCUUAUAUUCAGAGAAAGAAGUAUUCCUUAGAGAACUUAUCUCAAAUGCUAGUGAUGCCCUUGAAAAAUUUAGAUACAAUUUAUUAACAAAACCAGAUAAGGAGCCAAUACAUGAGCCAGACAGACCACUUGAAAUCCACAUUAAAACGGAUAAACAAAAUAGAACACUUAUUAUACAGGAUACAGGCAUUGGAAUGACCAGAGAUGCUCUAAUAUCAAAUUUGGGAAUAAUUGCAAGGUCAGGUUCAAAGGCAUUCUUGGAGCAAGUUCAAGGCAAAUCUUCACCUGAAAAUGCUAGCAAAAUUAUUGGACAAUUUGGUGUUGGUUUUUACAGUGCCUUUAUGGUGGCAGACAAGGUUGAUGUAUAUACCAAAGCAGCAAAUGAGAGUAAUGGUUACAAGUGGAGUUCUGACGGGUCAGGGAGUUACGAAGUACAACUUGCUGAAGGUGUUAAUUAUGGAACUAAAAUUGUCAUAACUCUCAAACCCGAAUGUAGGGAAUAUGCCGACGAGGAAGUUGUGAAAAAAGUUAUUCAGAAGUAUAGCAACUUCGUGGGACACCCGAUUUAUUUAAAUGGAAACGUUGUAAAUACUGUUGAGGCGAUUUGGUUGAAAGACCAGAAGAAUGUCACUAAACAACAACACCAUGAAUUUUACAGAUACAUUAGCAACAGUUAUGAUUUACCCAGAUUUAUCCUUCACUAUCACGCUGAUGUUCCGCUGUCGAUUCAUGCUCUCCUGUACUUCCCUGAAGGAAAACCAGGCCUUUUUGAAAUGUCACGAGAAACACACUCAGGUGUCGCGCUGUACACCCGAAAGGUACUCAUAAAAAGCCAGACAGAUAACAUUGUGCCCAAGUGGUUACGGUUUCUGAAGGGUGUCGUUGAUUCAGAAGAUUUACCGUUAAAUCUAAGCAGGGAACUUCUCCAAAACAGCACACUAAUUAAUAAACUAAGAGAUGUCUUAACCGGUCGAGUUAUUAAGUUCCUUCAGGAGCAAUCAAAGAAGGCAACUGACGAGUAUCUCAAAUUUUAUACUGAUUACGGGAUAUUUUUAAAAGAGGGCAUAAUAACAAACCAAAACCAGUCAGAAAAGGAAGAAAUCGCGAAGUUGUUACGUUUCGAAUCUUCCCACAAAGAUGCCAACGUGAAAGUUGGAUUUGAAGAUUACGUUUCCGGUAUAAAGGAAUCUCAAAAAAUUAUCUACUACUUAGCCGCACCAAGUCGUGCAUUAGCAGAAGCCUCUCCAUAUUACGAGUCUUUGAAGCAGAAACAGUACGAAGUUCUUUUCUGUUACGAGCCUUAUGACGAAUUAGUUUUAAUGCAGUUGCAACAGUUCAAGGGUUACAGGCUCAUUUCUGUCGAAAAAGACAUGAGAGACGACAAGGCUGCAAGUGAUUUAACCAACUUGGGGGAAGAUAGUUUAAGAAGAAGUGAAAUAAAUGACUUGACAAGUUGGCUUAAAGGGGUGCUAAAAGACAAGGCGGCUAACGUAAACGCCACCACCAGACUUCAAAACCAUCCCUGUGUUAUAACUGUAGAAGAAAUGGCUGCUGCAAGACAUUUUAUAAAAACGCAGAGCCAUCAAAUUGACGAACAAAGAAGAUUUGCGUUGUUACAACCCCAAUUAGAGAUCAACCCUAAGCAUCCAUUAAUAAAAAAGAUGUAUCGGUUGAUGCAAGACGACCCUCCGUUAGGUGAGUUACUGGCGAAACAGCUCUUUGCCAACGCAAUGGUUGGGGCGGGCUUAGUGGACGACCCACGAAUGCUACUGACAUCUAUUAACGAACUUCUAGAACGAGCGCUUACGAAACACUAAGUUAGUUAUUUGAUUGUACCGAAAAGUCUGUGAUUCUUUUGUAAUGAUAAUAGAAACCUCUUUGUUUUAAA